AUGACUGUAACACAUGAUCCAUCAUAUGCAAUGUGUGAUGAUUGUCCUAUUGGUCUCGUUCAACAGAGAUCCAGCCAUGUGGAGGAUUACCUGAGUGAGCAAGAACAAGAGUUCUUAUACCUAGUCAGCAUCGGAGAUAAGGAUGGAAUCAAAACCUUACUCGAGGCGAAGCAAAUCAACCCGAACUGCAGUGAUUAUCGAGACCAGCGAGCUUUGGAUAUAGCAGUAGGCCUCAGAGAUCUCGAUCUGGUUCUAUUCCUUCUUCAGCAGUUGGAUGUCAGUACUUUGCACUACUAUUGCGCCAUACUUCGAGCUGUUCUCGAAAAUGAAGUUGCCAUCCUCGAAAUGCUUCUGGAUCGGGCAGAAGCCGAUAACAAUCUGCAGAACGAACUACGCGACUUUAUGAUAGGAGGGCCCGAGUGUAAGAAGUGUCUGCCCGACGUGGCGGUCACCAACUUGACACCGACCAUGGCUGCUGCAGUAAGUGGAAAUGUAGAAGUCACCCGGAUUCUUCUCGAAAGAGGUUACUGCAUCCAGAAACCUCACAGUGCUAAAUGUAAGUGCCGUGAGGCUUGCGCCUCUCGAAACAACACCGGCGAAACUCUCACUGAAUCCAUGAACCGCGUGAAUGCCUAUCGAGCCCUGGCCAGCCCCACGUACUUAAUUCUAACCGCAGAAGAUCCCAUCUUGGCUGCCUUUCAGCUCAGCCAGGAGCUGGACAAUUUGUCUCUAGAACUGGCAGAAAACCAGAAAGAGUAUCGUGAGCUUUCCAAUCAGUGUCGCCGAUUUGCCGCUGAUAUGCUUCAUCAGUGUAGAAACACUGAAGAAGUUCAAACAGUUCUUAUUCAGAAGAGAGGAUUCACAGAUCCCAGACCUCAUCAAUUUAGCCGACUGCACCUUGCCGUAGAACUGCAACAGAAAGAGUUCGUGACACAUGCCAGCUGUCAACAAGUCCUGCGUUCCAUGUGGGUCGAUAGUCUAGGUUCUUGGUACAGUUGGCCUCUGCGGUGGCGAGCUCUUCAUGUACUGAAGCAUGUUCUGUUUACGCCAUUCAUAUCCGUCGCGUUUAUCAUCAUUCCAAAAUCACAAAUCAUUAGACCGCUUCGCGUGCCUCUCAACAGAUUCAUCUAUUCGGCAACUUCAUACUUAUUUUUCCUGUGUUUGCUGAUGGUUACGCUGCUCAAUGACCGAAGGCACGAUGUACGUUCCCCAGUCUCAUGGACCGAAGGUGCUGUAUGCUUGUGUGUACUGGGCCAUUCAUGGGACAUCAUCACUAACAUGAUCUCAGUUGGUGUUUCUCACUAUUUCCGUUCGUGGUGGUCUGUCUACGAUACAAUUUUGUUUUCCCUCUUUCUCAUAACGGAAAUCAUGUGGUUUAGCGUUUUUAUCUUGAACUUUUUUCAUCCAACAAUCACGAACUCAAGCCGCGAUUGUUGGGAGUGGUAUCAUCCCAUCCUCCUAGGAGAAGGGAUCUAUGCAACUGCAUCUAUCAUGGCUUUCUGUCGACUGAUGAUCUGGUUUCAAGUCAACUCUCGGUUAGGCCCUUUAGGAACAUCUGUUAAAGAAAUGAUUGUGAAUGUUGCUCAAUUUUUCAUGCUAUUUUUCAUCAUCAUGCUUGCUUUUGCAACGGGACUGAACUCGAUAUAUAAAAACUAUAAAGAAGACCCGUCUAUGGGAGUGGAAGAAAGUGAUGACAACAACGGUGAGAGACAGCCAUCAGAUUUUGUUACGCUUCGGUCGACAUUCAAAACUCUAUUUUGGGCCAUUUUUGGAAUGGGAGAACCAGACUUCGCACAGAUUGUAGUGGCUUCUCGAAAUGAAAGUGAGCCCAAGGAGCAUUUGUUUACUGAAGGUGUGGGCUACAGUUUGUGGGGUUUCUACCACAUGGUAACUGUAGUAGUUCUACUCAACAUGCUGAUAGCCAUGAUGACGGAAAGUUAUCAGAACAUACAGACUAAUGCCGACAUGGAGUGGAAAUUUGCUUGCUCCACUUUAUGGCUAACGGUUUUGGAUAAUCACAGCGUAGUUCCUCCUCCUUUCAAUUUGGUACCAUCCAUGCAUAGGUUAACACUUCUCUGUCGCUGGUCUGUUGGUAAAUUGACGGGUUUAGACGAUGCUAACACUCCGAAAUUAUCAUGGUCUGCCAAGCGUUGUUGUUAUUGGGAUAUGGAGAUUGAUUCCACCAUACAAAAGAUUGAGGAAGAAAAAUAUGAGAAGUUGUUGGUUCAGCUUAUUCGUCGAUAUCUCCACGGCAAUUGUUUGCAAGCCAUCCAAACCUCCAAGCCGUUUCUCAGCACGGAUUUCAAGGAAAAGCUGAAGGAAGAGAUUGUUCAAGAUCUGCAACAUUCCAUCAAACGUCCUACUCGUUACACCAGGCGAAAGCGAAUCCCCAAUAUCACUUCAUCGCCUUCCGAAGCAAAAAAUCGAUUAAAGAAAUGACAUUAAAAAAAGAAGAAAAAACAAGAGCUUUGUGUCCUUUUGGAAAUGCCAAAUCAGUUUUGAUACAGAUAAUCCACCACAAGUGUUUGUUAAAGCGGGCUGGAAGCACGGAAGAAAGAACUUUUCAAUGAAGUUUGAACUGGCUCUAGUGAAAUCAUAAUAUUCUUAUUUAUUAUUUGAAUGUAUAUAGUGACUGCCAAUUCGCCUGAGUUUUAUGCGAGUUCUUUUGAUAUGAAUACCAAGACAUGCUCGG